AUGAAGCACAGAGUUCCAGGGGAUAUGCGGGAACUCUUUGUGGAUAGAUGGGCCGAAUUUUCGAAUCCGCUUGAGUUCGCGAAGAGACUUGAUGCGUACGAGAAUGCGCGGCAAGGGUGGAAGAAGCCACAGUUACCAUCUUUCCGGCCGGAAAGAACAUUCCGGAAAGAACUCGGAAACAACAGGGCACCUGUUGCUCCUCACGUGGCACCCAAGCCGGCAGGAAAAAAAAUUCUAAAUAUGAGUUGGAAUGCACAAGGUUUGGUUGAAGAUGCCCAGACAUCAGCAACCAGGGCUAUACAAUUUGAAAAAUCUGGCCAAAUUGAAGUUGCCCAAUUUUAUUACAAAGAAGCAGCUCAUUUUUUGACUUUGGCAACUUCUGCUCAUCCACAAAAUGAAAAUGUGGCUGUUUGGAGCAGUCAUGCCAAAAAAUAUUCAGAAAGAGCUGAACAACUGAACGAAUUGAAACAGAGACAGGUUGUGUGUCAACCUCCAACAUCUCAACGAAAAUUGCAACAGUGUCACUUCCUGUUUACACAAGCUCUUGAUGCAGAUGAAGCAGGCAAUCGUGAUGAUGCUGUUGAACUGUAUUCGAAGGCUGUGGAAUUGGGUUUGGAGGCAAGAUCAGCUACUUCAGAUCCUGAACUUCAUUCAAAACUUACUGCUGUAGCUCGCCAAGCUUUAGAACGAGCUGAAGAACUUAAAGGGAUUGUAACCCCAUCUGAUAAGCCCACUCUGAAAUCAACGCUACCACAACCUACUCUUCCAUCAGUUCCAGAGAACACAACUCCUGCUGGAUCAUCUAGAGUGCCUCCAUCCAAAGGACCUGAACGACCUGGGUUGCAUCGAGGCAGUAGCGCUCAUUUAAAAGUUGCAGCCGGCCAAGAUACUUAUACAGAGGAAGAAAAGCGAGUUCUGCUUCAAACAUCUAAUAUCAAUGGCAAGGAAUAUGUUCCCUUCAUGAUUAUUGAUUUGCAAGAACGUUUUCAGUAUGCCAUUCCAUUUACUGAUAAAGACGGUUUGCUGUCAUUAUCUCCAAAACAGAAGAGAGAUUUUGCUCGAUGGUCUCGCCCUGAUGAGCUCUGUAAAGAACCUCGUCUCGUACUGGUUUCAGACUGCUCUUUUGUGGCCUCCCUGGCAGUUAGUGCGCUCUAUGAGAAGCGAUUUGGACGUCGUCUUAUAACCUCUAUCAUCUUUCCACGAAAUCGCCACAAUGAACCUGUAUAUAAUCCUUUUGGAAAGUACAUGAUAAAAUUAUACCUGAAUGGUGUGCCUCGGAAAGUUAUAAUAGAUGACCAGUUACCAGUUGGGAAGCAUGGGGAAUUAUUAUGUUCUUAUUCUACCAAUCGUAGUGAAUUUUGGAUUUCAUUACUGGAAAAGGCCUACAUGAAAGUUAUGGGUGGAUAUGAUUUCCCAGGUUCAAACAGUAAUAUUGAUCUUCAUGCGCUGACGGGGUGGAUUCCAGAACGGGUUGCCAUUCGACCUAACGAGCCUGAUUUCAAUAGCAAUGCCCUCUUUGACAAACUGCUGAGUCGCAUGAACAAAGGAGAUGUGCUGGUGACAGCUGCCACAGGAGAGCUGAGUGCGGCGGAUGAGCAGAGGUCAGGCUUGGUGCCAACGCAUGCUUACGCCGUCCUGGAUGCUCGUUGCGUACAGGGUGUAAGGUUAUUACAACUGAAAAACCCAUGGUCACAUCUUCGUUGGCGUGGUAAUUACUCUGAAUUGGAUGUUCGUCACUGGACUCCUGAGUUGAGACAAGCUUUAAACUAUGACCCAAGUAGUGCUGCCAUGUUUGACAAUGGAAUUUUUUGGAUAGACUAUGACAGUAUCCUUAGAUUUUUUGAUGUGUUUUAUUUGAAUUGGAGCCCAGGACUCUUCAAGUACACCUACUGUAUUCACCAAGCAUGGCAAGCUGGUUCUGGACCUGUAAAGGAUGCCUACAACAUUGGUGAAAACCCCCAGUUUAGCCUGGAAGUGGAGCCAGGCGCUUCUGGUGCUGUGUGGAUUUUACUUACAAGGCACAUUACACAAAUAGAGGACUUCAAAGAAAAUAGAGAAUACAUAACAGUUCUGGUCUACAAGAAUGAGGGCCGACGUGUUUCUGGACAAUGGAAGGGCCAAUCUGCUGGUGGUUGUGGCAAUCAUCCAGCUACAUACAAAAACAAUCCUCGAUAUCAGUUCACUGUCGAAUCAGCCCAUAAUAACAAUCACAUUCUCAUUGAUUUGAAGGGGCCAAAGCAAUAUCAGAUAGGAAUUGAGGUAGUGUGUGUGGUCUGCAGUGAUCCUAAUAGUCCCUCAGCAUUCAAGAAGAAGAGUUCUGGUCCCUUUAGGUCGGGUUUUGUAGUUUUAGAGAUUGAUACAAUACCAUCUGGAACAUACGAUGUAAUUCCAUCAACCUUCUUUCCAGGCCAGGAAGGGCCAUUUUUUCUCACAGUGAAAGCAUCUAGUCCAGUCAAGCUUGCCAGACUACAGUAGUAACUUCUUUUGUAACAUUACAGUGUAUUUAUUUUUAAAAAAAUCAGGCACAUGAAUCAUUGUUUUAAAUAGUUGUUAAUCUGAUUGCAAUACAAAAUAGUGUAUAUAAAACAUUAUCUACCACAUAAAGUGCCUUCUGUUGCUUUUUCUUGCAAUUGUUGUGAUAUUGUUUACUCACAUUUUUAUACUUGAUUUACAUUUUUUUAAUCAUUACUUUCAUAAUAUUAUUUAAGACACAUCAGAGUAAGAAUAGUACACAAAUUAAUGAUUUGAUUUUGGUGAUGAUGAUUGAUAUUAAUUAUAUGAGUAGUUAUGAUUAGGACCCGCUUUGUAUUCUAUGUACUAGCGUGUAUUUGUACCCAAAAAAGCUUUUAUUUUGUGUAAGACAUGGGGCAAAAAGGCAUCAGAUAACAAAUGCAUUAGAUAUUUCAUAAUAAAUAAUUAAUAUUUGGUUAUUUUUUGAUAACUUCAAUUAUUUAAAUGUUAGUUCUGAUAUUAAAAUUUACAUUGCUAUUUACAUAGAAACCUUGUACCUUUUUAUCUUUAUUUCACAGAGAUAUCAAAUAUCUAACCCAAACUUAAGGAAUAAUCAGGAAGAACACAUUUGCUUGUGAAAAGGUAUAUUAAUGGCACUCUUAAUUUCGGCAUAUUGAUUAUGUAUUUGUUUCACUCACAAUGCUGUUGUAAGGUCCACUAAAGUGGGCUUAACUAUUCCAUUUUCUUCUCUCGGUUGGCAUAACUGAAAGCACUAUUAUUAUUUUCAUUGUUUGGACUCUUAUUGUUGCUAGGACAAGUCAAUAAGUAUCAUAGUUUGUUGUGUAAAUAGGUCUGUCCUGAAAAUGGGUCAGAGGCUACACUUUAGAAAGGGAUGAGAUUGACUGUGGCUGAAGAAAGCCUGUCUGCAUCAAAGAAAAAAUAUCCAGAAUUUUGACUAGCGUCAUUUGCUUUUCUCCAAGUAGAUUAUAACUGUUUGUAUCUGAAGCCAUAGUUCAUUGCUUCCUGCCUGAUACUACCCCUAAUUUUCCAAAGAAUUAAAAAUGUGACAGUGCCCAAAUGCUGUCCAGGUUUGCAGAUACAUUUCCAAGAUAAUUGAGAUUGUGCCAGGAGAAAAAGGAAACUAACUACUUGAGCCUGGACGUUAAGACAUUUAUUUUCCCUAAAAUAGGCUGGCAAAAAGCAUUUAUUUUGCUAAAAUAGAGGUGCAAAAGGCAAGGAAACAAUGGAAAAGCAUCUAUUAAAAGAAAUAACUUUUAAAAAAAUAGUACUUAAUACAAAUCAAUUUUUUAUUCUAAUUAAAAUUCACAUCAUCAUUUUCAUGGAGUGAUACAAAUUUUCCUUUAUAAUCACGAUUGCACAUGAUCUUAUUCAUAGUAGCACAUUACAUUUCUCAUUUCUGUUUAAUACUAUGAAUUUGUUGCAUUUGUGAUGCUGUCUCUAUAAACUGGUAUUGUGGACUCUCUCCUGAUUCCUGUAUUGUGUAAUCACAAGCACUGAGAACAGCCAUAUCAUAUAACAUAUACAGAGUGCUCUAUCCUUGAAAAGGAUCUGUGAGCACAG